CCGCCAGGAUUAGCUUUUAGCUGGUGUUUGCUUUAGCUCAACAACUACUAACAUUGACAGCUUUUCUAAACCACAAGUCUCUUCAAAUAUUCACUUUGCUAAUUCAACAGUGCUUUAGUUAAAUACGUACUUUUUUUAAUAGUACUUGUGUCAACUAAUUGUAAACGAUGUCGUCAUUAUCGCGUUAAUCGUUCCAAUUUGGCAAAAGCUGACGCAACUCAGAUAUUUGUUUUUCUGUUUGAAAUACUGAACACUAACGAGAAAGGUGAGUCGUUAAUAAUUUGAAUAAUAAUUGUCUUUAAAAAUACUAAUUGGUUAUUAGACGCGGAGGUUGUACAGCCUCAUCAUCUGAUUAUGUGCACCACGUGGCAGUGACUCAAUCCAUCGCUAAUUUUUCAGAUCGAUCGAUUGAUUGAUUAGUCUCGCUCCCUGGCCUUGUGAUGGCCAGCUGAGUCGCUGCUUGAUGGCUUGUUCGUGUCGAAACGGGAACCACAAAGUGCAGUCAGUUAAUGGAGGAAUUGCGUGCGAAUGCCGGGGUAUUAAUGGCGUUCAAUUGUUGACAUUUCAAAUGUGACACUUGACGCUGGGAUGGUUCGAAUCGAUCAAGAAAUCGGGGGAGGUAAAUAUAAAAUGUUUAAAUUUGGUUAUUUUAUUGUGGAAAUUUGCGAGCCUUAAAAUAGCUCCCAGAUAUGGGAAAACAGGAAAUAUUGCAGUAUGGAAAAUAGUUACCAUAAAGUUGAGAAUGAGCUCAACAAUUUGGAAUGGGAAAUAUUUUGUUGAAUGUCUCGUUCACUUAAAUUGCUUUUUAUUUAUUUUUUUUGCAUACAACUUUGCCUCCCAAAAAAAAUACACUAGCUUUAUGCUAACGCAAUGGGAAACACCAUAGACGAGCUAAUCUGACUAGCGUCUAUCGCAGUCGUUAUGAACCCUUAAACAACUUGCAUUUGAACACAAACGGUAGCAACACAUACUGGCUGAGCGUUCAGUACUCACAGGCAUAUUCUUUCUCAUCUGCAAAAAAAAACCAAAACAAUAUUACUGCUUGUUACGCCAUCAAAUCUUGUAUUCUAUCUGUAUUAUACUACCCUCUAGUGGCCAACUGUGCACAUCAGGAGACUCAUUGAACUAAACCAUUAAAUCAUGAUGCAAAAAGUUUUAAUUCCUCAACAUUCGAUUUAGAUAUGUUAUUACUGCAUGUCUUUUAUAAAGUACAAUAUUCUAACGUGCUUUCUUGCUUUAAUCAAUUUCCUGCUUUUUUUUGGGGGUGGUCGGAAUGGAUGAUUUGAGAUACAAGCGUGGUCACGGAGCGAAUUAAAAUUCCAAGUCAAGGCACCACUGCUGAGUCAUAGACGCACUGUGCAGCAUGUGAAUUUAAACAACUUCUGUCUCCUCUCUACGUACGCCAACAUGAUCUCAGCUAUGACCAUGAACCAUGAAGAUGUUUUUGUUGCCGUGCGGGUUCAAGAUCCCCGGAUGCAGAACGAAGGCUUGUGGAAUUCCUAUGUGGAUUACAAGAUCUUCCUCCAUACCAAUAGUAAGGCAUUCACUGCCAAGACAUCGUGUGUGCGACGGCGCUACAGCGAGUUCGUGUGGCUGAAGAAAAAGCUGCAGAAGAACGCUGGCUUGGUGCCCGUUCCAGAACUUCCUGGAAAGUCCUUCUUCUCCUUCAGCAACGAGGACUUCCUGGAACGUAGGCGUCAAGGACUUCAAGUCUUCCUGGACACGGUGGUGAACAUGACCGUGUGUCUGUCAGACAGCCAGCUUCACCUGUUCCUGCAGACGCAGCUGCCCGUCGGCCACAUCCUGGACUGCGUGCAAGGCCACACCCCCUACACUGUGAUGGACGCCAUCCUGACCUACGCCUCGUCCAAUCAGGGCUGGGCUCAGGCUCAGGAGGAGGACACGGCCGUCAAGGAGCCAAGUCUAACAGUGUCUUAUGAGUCCAUGGAGAGCCCGGCCCCUCAUCAGCCUCACCCUCACAACAAAGAUGGCGUCAGUCUGGCGCUCUUCUCGUCUGACGCCGACGACAUACUUGAACCUUGCGAUUUGACCGCCCGUGACAAAGCCACGUCGGCCGUCUUCUACCUUGGGGACAGCCAGGAUGAGCGGACGCUGACCGAAGUCACAGCACCAGGGAGCGGUCGCAUGGAGACCCCUGUGGAGGUCCACGUUCCUGGGUGUGCGGGCAUUGAGGAGGUGGACCACAGAGGUUCAGCUCCUCAGGUUACUGGUUCUGAGGUGGAGGAGGAACUUGUGUCUGAGGGAGUCGGAUCCAGACAGGAAGCGGUAAGCGAGCAGGACGCUGCAUCGCUGUCGUUGUCCAACGAGAGCAUCAUACAAGUCAGCGACGAAGAAGACGUCGUCUGCCGUGACCGUUUGUCACGGAACGGCUUUGUCAAGAUGACCCCCGAGGACGACAACCACUGGUUGCAGGUGUCCGGUGGGACCAACGUCACCGUGGACAUCCAAGCGAACAGUUGUGGUGACCGGGAGCUUAGCAACUCUUUGGAUGUCAAUUUUGCAGAGAAUGACUUCAGCGUGUUGGGGAGCACCUCCGCUCCAGAGUUAGCUCACGGGAAACACUCGGAUUUGCCAGACUGAAGAGGGUUUUUUUUUUUUUUAUAUAUAUAUUUAAAACCUUUACAUUUAUUUUAAUGCUUGACAGCAGGCUACUCAAUUCUGAGUGGUAUCAUAAAGAUAAACACAUUUUGGGGGGGGGAAUAUACAACUUUUUCUCUAAUGUAUAGUGAUUGAGCCCUGCUGCAAAUAGAGAAAAUUUGCAAGUUGUUGACCCCCCCCCCCCCCAAAAAAAAGUAUUACAAUUGUCUAUAGAUGCCAGAAAAUGGCAGCAAAGCAUUCUUUUAUUCGACCAGACGAUGGCCUGACUAAAUGAAGCUCUUCAACAUAGUUGUAUGGCACCAAAGCAAUAUUUUUAUGAGACACAGCUUUGGACUGAGCACAUAUGUUUGGAAAAUAUGACGUACAGAAAUAUCAAAACUUUUUAUUUUAUUUUGUUUUGACAAUACGCCGCUCAGUCGUGUAGGAGCUGAGUAUCUCUUUGAUUGUCAAUAUUGGCAACAACAAGUUCAGCAUUUUGGAGAGCAGCUCUUGUCCUGACUUAGGCCCCAGGAUAUAUUCAGAGUUGCCAGACUGAAAAGGAUAUAUAUUUUUUUAUUAUAUAAAAAAAAAAAACUUAACAUUCAUUUUUAACGCUAGAUGGCAGGCUCGAGUUCUGAAUGGUGUCAUGUCUACGUAGGGACUGCAGAGGGCGCUAAAGGUCUCCAGAAAAUUUUAACUACUUAAAAAAAAAAAACAGGUCACAUAGAGAUACAAUGGUUGGUAUUCACAUUUUGACAAACAAGCAUUUAUAUUCACACCUACUAACAAAUUCAAGUCGUCACUUUAUCUAACGGCAAUGGUUUUAUAAUGAGGGAUGAAGCCGAGUAUCUGGAGAAAACCGACGCAAGCAUGAGGAGAACAUGGAAACUUCACACAGGAAGGGCAGAGCCCAGAUUCAAACACCAAUGCUCAAUUGUGCUGCCUAAAAUUCAAAUCCAUGACAAAAGUUUAAAUCCAUUACAAUCAUAUCCAAUGACACAAAGCUGCAAAUAAGAUGACUGACCUCCGCAAAAGUUUAAUUUCCACAUGUAAUCUCACGUUUUUUGCUUCCACCAAAACGUGAUUCGUCAUUUUUGUCACAUUAAAAAAAGGGACUGAGUUUAUUCGCUCAUUCUACAUUUAAAAAUUAGGUUUAUAAUGAGACUUUUUUUUUUUUUUAUGACCACUGAUGUUUUGCUGGAAUGUUUAGCUGAGAUUUACUGCUGAUUGUUGAUUUCACCAAUGCAAAAUGUUAUUUUAUGAAUAAAAGUCUAUUAAUAGUAACAGCAA